CCAGCUGGAAGAUCAGUCUCUUUAUGAUGUUCAGUGACCAUAAAGAUGAAGUCCUUAAGGGAGGAGAUGUGGUGAGGCUUUUCCAUGCAGAACAGGAGAAGUUUCUGACCUGUGAUGAGUACAAGUCUAAGCUGCAUGUGUUCCUGCGCACAACUCUGCGUCAGUCCGCUACUUCAGCCACCAGCUCUAAUGCAUUAUGGGAGGUUGAGGUGGUUCACCAUGAUCCGUGCCGUGGAGGAGCAGGACAUUGGAACAGCCUGUACCGAUUCAAACACUUGGCCACAGGAAACUAUCUUGCUGCUGAA